GCGUCCUAACCGGUUUUCAGUGCACGGAGGGUUUUUUCAAACCCUGCCGAUUUCAAUCAGCUGGCCGCGGCUCUAUUUUCUCAGGAGAGCCGCGGCCCAUUCUCUGCCUCUCUUCAGCCGCGGACUCCAUUUCCCAGAGCCCGCGGCUGCUUUUUCCCGCCAUUACCUUUCCUCCCGCCUACCCAAAGCGUCUCUCCUAUGAUGCGGACCUUUCCCGCCCUUUCAACGGCGGCGAUCUCGCGGCGGCCAUCUUAAGCCUCAGUGUAACGGCCAACGGCUCCUCCACUGCGGCGCGCAAGUUUUUACAAUCAUCCUGUGGGUACAGACUUUAUUAA